UUUUUUUUUUUUUUUUAUUAUGUUUAAUCUCGUUUUACGUUCGAGUCGAUAAUAAUAAUAUUAUCCGACUACUACCGCGGAUGACCACUGCCACUGCAGUGCGUCUUCCCGCCUAUCAACAACGCGUGUCUUACCGAUAUAAUAUUUUAUGCCUUGGUGAAUGCAUUGCAGAUAGACAUAAUAUAACCAUCGUGGUCACGCCGCAAUAUGGUACGCAGGUUAGAUGGUUCGGUGUUAUUGUUUGUCGUAGUCGCCCUGUCGACCGGCAAGUCGCUGCAAUCUACCGGUCACGCAAAUCCCGUCGGAAGUUCAAAACCUUCGGCGUCGUCGCUGGUCGGCGACACUAUGUCCUCGACGAACAACGUUCCGUUUGGCUGGUCUUCCGAUUACGAGGUGGCCGUCAUCUACAUCACGUCCGCGUGGACCGAAUUCGGCGACGUACGUUCGUCUGCCACACCCCUGGGCAUUAUCGCUGAAAACGGAUUUCUCAAUUAUUGCGUGAGGUUCAAGACCAAGUUAGCCGCUUGGGCUAAGUCCUUACAAGAUAAACCCGACGUAAAUGAAACAGUAAAAAAAGCGGUUACUAGCUGGUAUAGAGCCAUCGACACGCUGUCACGGGAUAAUUGGAAUCUUCCUGAUGCACUCACUUUGGAGUCUUUUAAAAAACAAUUCAGGACUUCGUACAAGCACUUGGUACUGAACGGCGCCGAGAUAUACGAAAAAUCGGAUACUGAAAAUAUGAAACGGGACGUGGAAAGAUUCACAAGAGACAUUGCUGAUAUGAUGAUCGAAAUACUCAAAGAUAUUUUGAAGCAAGUUCGAGGCGUUCCCAGGGAACACGAUACGGAAUAUUAACAGUCUAUGUAAUUUAUAUAGUGUACUAAAUAUGUCAGUCCCAAUUCUGCGCGGACGUAUAUAACGAGAAAAUAUUUUGUACCUUUUAUUGUAUUCACGUAUUUUUAUGUAUAUAAACGUAUUUUUAUAUAAUGUAAAAAUAAAUAUUAUAUGGCAGAUGCGUAUACGUUAAUAAACGUAUAGUAGGACCACCUAUACGGCUGAGAUAAAUUUAUGAAAUUAACUAUGUACAUUAAAAUAUUUCAUAUUAUGAAUUUUUAUCGUAUGAUUGAUUCAGCAGAUCCAUCAGAUUAUAAUAUUAUUUAUAUAUCAUUUAAUUUAAUAUGAAAAUAUAUCGAAAAAUAUUUGUUGAUUUAAUAAAUUAUAAUGGAAUAGUAUUCA